AUGGUACAUAUAUCCUCCAAUAAACAACAGUUACUUACCUCGAGGCGGAAAUCACGAUACUUCUACGAAUUUGACGCUGAAGGACUGAAGUACUACGAUCUUGUUGAAGGGAAGGGUCAAAUAGUUGAAAGGGGUGUUUUGGUCAAGGUGCAUUUUGACUGUGUCUACCGUGGCAUCACAGUUGUGUCCAGUCGAGAAUCUAAACUUCUAGCUGGAAACCGUAUUAUCGCACAGCCUUACGAGUUUAAGGUUGGUUCUCCGCCAGGAAAAGAAAGAAAGCGUGAAUUUAUUGAUAAUGCCAAUGGGCUCUAUUCAGCUCAGGCUGCACCGAAACCUCCACCAGCUAUGUAUACAAUAACUGAAGGGAUGAGAGUUGGGGGAAAAAGAACUGUAAUUGUUCCUCCCGGACUUGGUUAUGGUGAGAAGGGGAUGAAUGAAAUACCGCCUGGGGCCACAUUUGAACUGAAUAUUGAGCUCUUAGAAGUGAUGCAAUCAACUUAGGAAGGACUAAUUUUAAUUGUUUUUUUCUCGAUUCAUAUUAUAUGUUUCCAGCUUUCCU